AUGGACGACCCUCUGAUAUCCUGUUUCCUCCAUUCAUUUGCUCAAACUCACCAAGUAGACAACCCUCUGAUAUCCCUUGUUCCUCCAUUCAUUUGCUCAAACUCACCAAGUGGACGACCCUCUGAUAUCCCUUGUUCCUCCAUUCAUUUGCUCAAAACCAAAUGGACGACCCACCAGUAUCCUUGUUCACUCCAUUCAUUUGCUCAAACUCACCAAGUAGACGACCCUCUGAUAUCCCUUGUUCCUCCAUUCAUUUGCUCAAACUCACCAAGUAGACGACCCUCUGAUAUCCCUUGUUCCUCCAUUCAUUUGCUCAAACUCACCAAUAGACAACCCUCUGAUAUCCCAUUUCCUCCAUUCAUUUGCUCAAACUCACCAAGUAGACAACCCUCUGAUAUCCCUUGUUUCCUCCAUUCAUUUGCUCAAACUCACCAAGUGGACAACCCUCUGAUAUCCCUUGUUCCUCCAUUCAUUUGCUCAAACUCACCAAGUAGACAACCCUCUGAUAACCAUUCAUUUGCUCAAAUAUCCUCUGAUAUCCCUUGUUCCUCCAUUCAUUUGCUCAAACUCACCAAUAGACGACCUCUGAUAUCCUUGUUCCUCCAUUCAUUUGCUCAAACUCACCAAAUAGACAACCCUCUGAUAUCCCUUGUUCCUCCAUUCAUUUGCUCAAACUCACCAAGUAGACGACCUCUGAUAUCCUUGUUUCCUCCAUUCAUUUGUAGACGACCCUCUGAUAUCCCUUUGUUCCAUUCAUUUGCUCAAACUCACCAAGUAGACGACCCUCUGAUAUCCCUUGUUCCUCCAUUCAUUUGCUCAAACUCACCAAGUGGACGACCUUCUGAUAUCCACUGUUCCUCUAUUCAUUUGCUCAAACUCACCAAUGGACAACCUCUGAUAUCCUUGUUUCCUCCAUUCAUUUGCUCAAACUCACCAAGUGGACGACCUCUGAUAUCCCUUGUUCCUCCAUUCAUUUGCUCAAACUCACCAAGUAGACAACCCUCUGAUAUCCUUGUUCCUCCAUUCAUUUGCUCAAACUCACCAAAUAGACGACCCUCUGAUAUCCCUUGUUUCCUCCAUUCAUUUGCUCAAACUCACCAAAUAGACGACCCUCUGAUAUCCCUUGUUCCUCCAUUCAUUUGCUCAAACUCACCAAGUGGACGACCUUCUGAUAUCCUUGUUGUUCCUCCAUUCAUUUGCUCAAACUCACCAAGUAGACGACCCUCUGAUAUCCUUUUGUUCCUCCAUUCAUUUGCUCAAACUCACCUAGACAACCCUCUGAUAUCCCUUUUGGACGACCUUCUGAUAUCCCUUGUUCCUCCAUUCAUUUGCUCAAACUCACCAAGUGGACGACUUGUUCCUGAUAUCCAAACUUUGUUCCUCCAUUCAUUUGCUCAAACUCACCAAGUAGACAACCCUCUGAUAUCCCUUGUUCCUCCAUUCAUUUGCUCAAACUCACCAAAUAGACGACCCUCUGAUAUCCUUGUUCCUCCAUUCAUUUGCUCAAACUCACCAAGUAGACGACCCUCUGAUAUCCCUUGUUCCUCCAUUCAUUUGCUCAAACUCACCAAAUGGACGACGAUAUCACUGUUCCUCUAUUCAUUUGCUCAAACUAUCCCUCUGAUAUCCCUUGUUCCUCCAUUCAUUUUCAAACUUUCCAAAUCACCCUCUGAAUCCUUACGACCUCUUCCUUGUUCCUCCAUUCAUUUUGCUCAAACUCACCAAAUAGACGACCCUCUGAUAUCCCUUGUUCCUCCAUUCAUUUGCUCAAACUCACCAAGUAGACGACCCUCUGAUAUCCCUUGUUCCUCCAUUCAUUUGCUCAAACUCAAACUCAUCCUUGUUCCUCCAAGUAGACGACCUCUGAUAUCCUUUAGACGACCUCUGAUAUCCCUUGUUCCUCCAUUCAUUUGCUCAAACUCACCAAAUAGACGACCCUCUGAUAUCCUUGUUCCUCCAUUCAUUUGCUCAAACUCACCAAAUAGACGACCUCUGAUAUCCCUUGUUCCUCCAUUCAUUUGCUCAAACUCACCAAGACCUUCUGAGAUCCCUCCCUCUGCUAUUUGCUUGAUAUCCCUUGUUCCUCCAUUCAUUUGCUCAAACUCACCAAGUAGACGACCUUCUGAUAUCCCUUGUUCCUCCAUUCAUUUGCUCAAACUCACCAAUAGACGACCCUCUGAUAUCCUUGUUCCUCCAUUCAUUUGCUCAAACUCACCAAAUAGACGACCCUCUGAUAUCCCUUGUUCCUCCAUUCAUUUGCUCAAACUUCACCAAAUAGACGACCCUCUGAUAUCCUUGUUCCUCCAUUCAUUUGCUCAAACUCACCAAAUAGACAGACCCUCUGAUAUCCCUUGUUCCUCAUUCAUUUGCUCAAACUCACCAAAUAGACGACCCUCUGAUAUCCUUGUUCCUCCAUUCAUUUGCUCAAACUCACCAAAUAGACGACCCUCUGAUAUCCCUUGUUUCCUCCAUUCAUUUGCUCAAACUCACCAAGUAGACGACCCUCUGAUAUCCCUUGUUCCUCCAUUCUCAAACUCACCAAGUAGAACCUUCUUCCAUUCAUUUGCUCAAACUCACCAAGUAGACAACCCUCUGAUAUCCCUUGUUCCUCCAUUCAUUUGCUCAAACUUUCCAAAUAGACGACCCUCUGAUAUCCCUUGUUCCUCCAUUCAUUUGCUCAAACUCACCAAACGACCUCUGAUAUCCUUGUUCCUCCAUUCAUUUGCUCAAACUCACCAAGUAGACGACCCUCUGAUAUCCCUUGUUCCUCCAUUCAUUUGCUCAAACUCACCAAGUAGACGACCCUCUGAUAUCCUUGUUCCUCCAUUCAUUUGCUCAAACUCACCAAAUAGACGACCUUCUGAUAUCCUUUUGUUCCUCCAUUCAUUUGCUCAAACUCACCAAGUAGACGACCCUCUGAUAUCCUUGUUCCUCCAUUCAUUUGCUCAAACUCACCAAGUAGACAACCCUCUGAUAUCCCUUGUUCCUCCAUUCAUUUGCUCAAACUCACCAAGUGGACGACCCUCUGAUAUCCCUUUGUUCCUCCAUCCUCCAUUCUCAUUUGCUCAAACUCACCAAGUAGACGACCCUCUGAUAUCCCUUGUUCCUCCAUUCAUUUGCUCAAAACUCGACCUUCAAAUCCUUGUUCCUCCAUUCAUUUGCUCAAACUCACCCUGA